AUGGACUGGACAGACUUCCUGACCCUUGGUUUGAUUCUGGCCUGGGUACAAGCUCCUUGCGUUUUCACUGUCAGACGAGAUCAUAUCGGAUUGACUGUAGGAAAGCCUUUGAUAACCUUGGUUGGCGACAAGGAAACAUACAAAAGUGAUCAGAAGAAUCACGGUAAGCAAAUCAACGUGGCCACAAACGAAAAUAUUGUAAAUGAAACGUCCUCAGUUGGAGAAUACGAAGAUGCCAGUUCAAACUACAAAGUGAACAGUGAAUCAAGUUUUGCUUCAAACGAUGUUUAUGAUAAAAAUAAUGGGGGCGUGGCACUUAAUGAUGAUGUCAUAUCACCCUCGAGACUUGCAGAAAGACUUUACAGUCAGUUGGAAAGCGAUGACGCUAAAUUGUCAGGAUUUCAACUUGAGAAGGAUCCCUCUGGAGGAGAAGUUCUCAUCGGUCCCAUGUCGCGGGCGAUUCCUGAUAUGGUGUAUCAGAAGAACUCUCAGAAUGCAAGUUCCGUCGAAAACGAAAAACUGACGACUUUUAAAGGAUCAGAAAGAUUAAAAAGCUCUCGUCUAGAGAACCAAUCAUCAAAAGAUCCUCUUGCGAAAGUAUCGUAUAUAUUAAACCAUAAAGGUGAAGAUCUCUAUCACUCGUUACCAUCUAGUGAUGACACAACUAGUAAUGGCCAGAGAAACAUCGAAAAUAAUGCAAAUGUAGUUCAAGGUAAGAACGACUCAAGCAACAUUGAUGUAAAGGAGGUAAACACAAGCAGUAUGGUCUCGAAUAGCGAAGCCUCUCAUGACUUGGGUGCUUUUUCAAAGAGUGAUUUCGUUAAAUCGCAGAAUUCAAAUGGCAUGAACCGUUCUUGGAAUGAAACUAUUGAUAAGCCUAAGCCAAAUAUUGAUCAUGACAUGGGUCAUGAGGUUUUCAAUCAGUCAGCUCCAUCUGCGCAGAAUUCGAACAUCUCAUCAGACAAUUUAAACAUCCAGCUACCAGAACUUGUCAAAAGCGUAGUGGAGCGUCUGGGAAACCAAGGAACUAUGUAUGUUUCGCUGGAAUUAGCAAAACAUCCGAUGAUGAAAGACAUUUGGGCAAGCUCCAUUGCACGGGCUCUUCUUAUGGAAAGCAAUAAAAUUUCUCAACUUGAUUCUGGGAAGAAAGUAGGAAUUACUUCGGACUCCAGUAGAAUUGCUGAUUUAUCAACUGAUUUGUCUAAAGUUAGCGCUCAUGAGAGUCAGAGGCCGAAAGAAGGUAACCAAAGUGCGAGCAGUCCACUCACGACGGUCCAAAUGAAAGAACCGGCCCAGACAAUAAAAGAGAAAGUUAAAGGUCAUUCCCUGUCCGACCUGACCAUCGGAAAUGCUGAUAAUUCUGCACCGUUACAUAAAAUGAAAGAAACAGCACAUGCAGUAGGAGAAAAUAACUCAACACCUACUUCUCACAUGAUUGAAUCAUCUCAAGCAGGACAAGAUCAUGAAAAAAAUAAUCGUACUCAAGGAGUUCACCAGGGACCAUUAAAGAAGCCCAUGACACAAGCUGCUCCCAAAAUUAACUCCAAAGUCCAAGAGAAAAAUCACUAUGAUUUUCUUCCCAAGACUGCUGGGAGAAUUGCAGCGGGACAAAACACUAAGACUAGUGAACAGGAAACUUAUAACAGAAAACCAGUUCUAACGCCCUUGAUAUCUGGAUUCAUUUCCAACAAAGAAAUCCCAACAUGGUUUGGUGGAAGUGAUAAGGACGAACCAUCGAUUUCUUAUAGGCCGGUUGUCCCAUUGUCCUCCAAUGGACUCGUUUCUAAUACAGCAAAUCAACCUACACAGUUGCCUGGAGCACAAGGAGAUCAGAAAGAAGAUUUGCCAAAGUCAACAAAUGCAAUGGUCUCAUCGGCAAAUUCUAAUCGAGCUAUAGAUGCACCUUUCCUAUAUAGCAAAUUCACAAGUUUGGAUCCCGAUGAAACCAGAUAUGUUCAACUAAAUCUUAUGAGUGAUCCAGUCGCAAAGGAAAGCUUUACUGAUGUCAAUAGCCCAUUUUCAAGUCAAGAGCAACUACAAGACGAAGAUACUAAAGAGGCAAGUUUUCUUGAGCAUCAAAUCAACGAUGCCGGUCAUUUGGUUCAAGAGAUUUUCCCUAGCCUGAACUCAACUGCACCAAAACAGAAUACUGGUCAGUUUUUUGGCAAUCCGUUAGCCAAAGCUAAUAGUGAAGAGUUCUACACGAGAGAUAACCAUUUCCUUAAUGCUGAAAAUAGAAAAAAUGAACAGAUCAUGGCUUCCGUUGUUAAUGAGGACCAAAAAUUUUCGUCUGAUCCAGCCUUCAGUCAACCACAGAGCCAAGAUAAACAGCAAAAAUUCUACCCAGAUGCAACACAAAAGUCGUAUUUGGUACCUCCUAGUCUCUAUAAGGUUCCUGGCCAUCAAGAUGGAACAGGGACACAAGCUGGUGUUGGUCAAAUAUUCUUAAGUCCGAAAACAGCUUCAGAUGUUUCUUCGGUAGAUCUUGCUCCUUUCGGUAGUCUUGUUGGGCUUCAAGGAGCAUUCAACUUAAUCAAACCAAAAACAUUAAACUACCAAUCCGAGAAUAUUGAAAAUGGCCAAAAACUGGACAUCGGAAGAGACGGUAUAUCCCAAUUUGGAGUAAACCCAUUUCCAGCAUCACUGGCGAGACCACAAAAGAAACACCUAAUACACCUGAGCAAAAGAAAACAUAGAAAGAAGUUCAUCAGGAAAGCAAAUGUUAAUGCAUCAUCGUCUACAACCUCGUCGACUACUUCUUCCCCUAUGCAUGUGAAAACAUCAUACAAACACGCUUCUAAUGGGAUAAAACCGACGAAAUCUCGUAAUCAGCCGGGGACUCGAGAUUCUGAGAUAAGUCCUUCCUCUGUCAUAUUUGGACUGACAGCGAAAGAAAUGAAAGAACUUGAAACUCAUUUAGCUCACACACCACGUGUUGUAGGUGGUCCUGAGGAGAAUAGCGGUGUGCAAGGGGCGUCACCCACAACUAAAGGUUACUACAACACUGUAACAGAUGAAGAACAAGAAAAAACAAUGGAUUCCAUGAAAAAUCCUGUCCAAAAAUCAUUGAAACAGCAAAAUUUAACAAGGAAAGAGGUAAAACACAGUCUGUCAUAUAAAAAGAAGGCACAUACAAUAAAACACGCCACUCAUUAUUCCAAAAGGUUACACAAGACAUUUUACAAUAAUAGGAAUAAAAAGAGAGAUCUGGAGUCAUGGGAGUCCUCCACUGACGUGCUGAACAGUGACUUAGAUCAAAUACGAGGUUUAAAUCCUAAAGCCCAAGAGGACAUCUCUAAAGUCAUUCUGAAAGAUUACGAUGGACAUCAGAGAAAUAUCAAAGAUAUAGAGGCAUUUCCAUUUGAUGAGCACGAUCCUGGUUAUUCUUUUGAACGUUCAUUAAAAGCUCCGGGGAGAAGGGACCUUAGGAGGGUGAAAAUUUCUAAGCAUUUUGGGAGGAAUAGUCAGGAUCGACGACAACUGUACAGUGGGGACGUGGUGGAACGAAACUCUGCAGAAGUAAAACACGGUGUAAAAGAUCUACACAAGGAAACUGAAAUAAACACACCGCUUGUAAUAAGAGGAAAUAAAAUCUUCAACGGUGAUGUGAUUCCCCUUGAUGACGUGAAAAACGAGUUUACCCAAGGUUUGUUACGUGAGACUCUCGGUAAAGAAAGCGAAGGAGUUCUGAAGCAUGCAAACACAAUAUCGAAACACGAUAUUGACAGAAUCAAAAGCAUGUUCCAAAGUGCAGGAGAUGAAAUUGGCAUGAAGAGAGAUUCAAAGAGGACAUUUAAAGUAGCCAAACAAGGCCAUUUGAAGGUGAACAAAAUUGCAAAACUCCUCCAGCCUAAUAAGAGACGAUCUAAGUCAAGGAAGCAUGCGGCGAGAAGGGAUGCUACUGAUUGGGCGACUGAAUUCAACGAUGGCACUUUUCGAAGCCCUGACUUUGAGAGACAGUUAUCCCGCGCUCUGAAGCAAGAGAGUGAACACGACUUGAACUACGUGAAUAGGUUGGAGAGCCUGGAUAAGUCAGGGCUGAGAAAGGGGGCGGAUCACGUUGACCCUAAAAGUAAUCCAAGAAGGGGAAAUGCGGAGAACGCUUUUCAAGAGGAAAAUAUCAGAGAAUCAACUAAUAACAGUCAUUGGGACUAUCUAAUGAACACCCAAAAGAAGUUGAAAGCGUUUUUACAAAAUUCAAAUCGCACUGGGAAGGGCUUGGCUCAUGAGGAACAUGAACUCGGUGGAAAGAGGGAAUGGACAAAUUCCGAAAUUCGGGGGAGUGUUUUUCGUGAUUUGACACCAGAAGGAAAAGUAUUAAGUGGUGAUUAUAAAGAUUUGGGUACCUUUGGAUCUGAUGCUCAAGCGCAGCUCGCAUCAGUGCUACAAUUUGCCAACAGCGAUGAUCAGAGAGAUUUGAAAGAGCUGGAAAAAAUUGACAAAGUUGAUGAAAAAGACGUAGAAAGUCUUUUUAAGCCAUCUGCUGAAGCUUUCAAGAGGUCAAUCCUUGAUAAAUUGGCUGGAAAUAAAGAAGGGACCGUCGAGACCAUUGCGGACAUUUUCGAUCCUGGAUCCGAAGGAAAGGAAAUAAAUAAUUUCGUAAGCAGUGAUGAAGGAGACGCAGGGUGGAGUGCAUGGUCUAAGUGUUCCAAGUCCUGUGGUGAUGGAAGCAUGAAGACGAGGUCUUUGUACUGUAACAAAAGUUCUCCAUUUGACAAUAUUAUCAAAUGUCCCGGAUGGAACCACCAGACAGUGCCCUGUGAUGUUCCAAAAAACUGUCCAGUAAAUGGCGGAUUCACUCAAUGGACGGAGUGGUCCGCGUGUUCAAAGACCUGCGGUCCGUGGGCUGUAAGAAUGCGCAUGCGACUUUGCACCAAUCCCCCACCUGCUUUUGGAGGAAACGACUGCAAUGGCUGGAGAUUCCAUGUUGAAUAUUGCAAAGGGAAAGAAUGCCCCCAGAGACCUGACCUAGACGAGAUGGAGACUUCGAAAAACAACAAGGAAAUAAUAUUUAGGACGUUAUCUUCAACACCUGUGAUAGAAGAAUUGUCGAAACGUCUUCCCAGUACAGACAUCGAUAAUAACAACAUCGCAAAAAGGAUUGCACGAUACAGCGGAUUAGCUAAUAUUGAUCAAGAAUUACCUCACAUACCCUCAGUACAGUCACUUCUUCAUGUGCCUCAGCAACAACAAGGCAUUAUUAGACAAAUUCCCAGCGAGCGGAAUGUGUUUGGCUUUCAACAAAUGCCAAACAUGAAACAGUUCACAACUUCACUGGCAAAUUUUCCUUCCUCGAAAUUCAUGUCCUCUAUGCAUUUUCUGAAGCCAGGAUCACAUUUAAUGCCACAGCAACAGCAUGAGACCUACGAAAACGGUGGUAAGGCUAUUCACGUUCAAGGAAAUAACGAAAACGUCGGGUUCACACCAUGGAGCGAGUGGACAAUUUGCAGCGCCUCGUGCGGACACGGUAUUCGAACGCGCUCACGUUCUUGCAUUGGUACUUUUGACUUAGUUGGUGUUGACAGUUCGUGUAUGGGACCCAAAGUACAAACGAAACGUUGCCGUGACCACAAAUGUCCAGUUGACGGCCGUUUCUCGCCGUGGAGUGACUGGUCCGAGUGUUCCAAGACUUGUGGAUCUGACUCAUACCAGACACGUGAAAGGACAUGCACUGACCCCCCUCCCAGCUUCGGUGGGGAGGAUUGUGUGGGCAGGACUGUGGAAAGACGUCAUUGCUUGAAGCCGUCUUGCUUGCUUCUAGGAGAUUAUAACGCAAGCAAAGUGUUUAUACAAAGUGUUAAGUUUCAUAAUGUUUCUUCAAAUUUUACUGAUGGUUUCACUGAAUGGGGCCCGUGGUCUCAAUGUUCAAGGACCUGCGGUUCUAAUUUAUUGCGCGUGCGUAAACGAUCGUGUUUCAAACAGAACAUUCAGAGCUGCGCUGGUUCCACUUCAGAAGUGAAGCCCUGCAUGUUGCCAUCAUGUCCGGGAGACACCAUUCCUGGUUUUAGAACUGAAGCUGGGCUCUCUGGGACUGUUUCACAUAACAUUUCUGUUAAAAAUGAGUUUGACUGGAGUCCUUGGUCUGCCUGCACGAGAACUUGCGGUUUUGGCUCAUACCGCACCCGCGAGAGAACUUGUUCUCUUUCCAUCGCCAGGAAGACAUGCAUCGGGUCAGAAAUUCAGAAGGUCCUCUGCAAUGUACCCGUGUGCCCCAAAAUGGAAGCAGCAAGGCCUAAUGCUAUCUUUCGACAAAAAAGUACUGUUAACACAACCUUGACACUGUAUUUUGAUCAUCGCACAGCCGUAAAUCUUCCUCGUAAAGUUUCAAGCGCGCAUGUCGCAGUAGUUCAAUCAACCGCUCCAUCCAAGUCUCCGAACCACACCUCUGGGUCCAAUGUCAUCCCAUCUGAUUUACAAGCGGUGGCAGCUUCGGCAGCGGUGAAUAAGCCAUUCAUUUUGCCAGGAGUAAACAAUCUAGAGUCAAAUUACACCACGUGGUCACUUUGGUCUGAUUGCUCCCCAAGUUGUGGUCGAAAAGCUGUGAUGGUUCGACGACGUACCUGCAAGCUGAUUGGUGGAAAGAGUUGUCAGGGUCCUUAUACUCAGAAAAAGCCUUGCCCGUUUACUAAAUGCCCUGUUGAUGGCAGUUUUUCUCCUUGGUCUCAAUGGUCGCAUUGCACCGUGACCUGUGGCACCCGUGCAGUUAGCCGUCGAGAGCGUAGAUGCAACAAUCCCAAACCAGGGACAGGUGGACGGGACUGUGUGGGAGAAUGGGUACAGUUUAAGAGCUGUGGAAGGAAGCCUUGCUCUGUGAACGGAGGUCUAACUGGCUGGACAGCAUGGUCUGCUUGUACGAAGACUUGUGAUACAAACACUGUUAGCGUCCGGGAGCGGUACUGCACUAACCCUCCCCCACAGGGUAGAGGUAAAGACUGUGUUGGUCAGAGGAUGCAAGCCAGAGCAUGUGCAUCAUCGAAGUGUCCAGUUGACGGAGGCGUGUCAGCGUGGUCCGUGUGGUCUGAGUGCCGCGGCCGGCGCUGUGGAAGAGAGGUACGAAAGAGAAGGCGCAAAUGUUCAAACCCACCUCCUGCUAAUGGCGGGAAAUCCUGCGUUGAGCCAUUGGUACAAAUUAGAAGAUGUCAAGUAAAGUACUGUAAAUCUACUUUAGGAUUUAGUCAAUGGUCUUCGUUCGGGAGAUGCUCCCGUACAUGUGAAGGUGGAAUCAAGAAGAGGAAAAGAAGAUGUAAAAGACCCUCUAAGGGCUGCCAUGGUCCCAAGAUACAGAGAAGACGCUGCAACGAACACAGAUGUCCAAAUUCUAAUUACCUGGUUCGAGCCGAUCCUCUUGAGCUGUGUGGUUACCACCCCUGUAAGGUGUCCAAAUGUGUAACAGAACCUACGGCAAUGUGCGUCAGCAACUCAAAAUGUAAACCGAUCUUCUUCGACAGGGAUGGAAAUAUAAUCAGCUCUUGUAAAGGAGACGCCGUAGUACUAUCGAUUCCUCCAGAACGAGUUUGCCGAUUUAACCCUUGUGAAAAGUCUGCUUGUUACACCUACCAAGCUGAACGCUGCGUUGUGUCUUACGGAUGCAAACCUAUCUUCUUUGGAGUCAAUGGUCAGCGACUUAACUGCAGAGGUAAAGUGUAGGACCAAGACGAUGACGAUAAAGAAGGCGACGAGGAACACGACGAGACAGAUAGUACUGAGGAAGCUGGAGGAAACGAUCCUGAUGUUGAAGACGUCUCGAAUUCAGACAACGAUAGUGAUGGUGAUAGCAAUGAAAAUAAUGACGACGAUGAUGACGAUGGCGAAAAUGAGAACCACAAACAUAGGAAACGUAAAUUGCGUAAGAAAAUUCACGUUGAGGAUGAUGAAGAAGAAGACGAUGCAAUCAAGAAAACAAAGACAGUUGAUAACGAUGACGAUGCUGCUAAUUCUAAAAAAAAGACUGAAACUCCGGUGGUUCACUUAAAUGACGAUUCGUUACAUCAUGGUUUGGUCAGCGGUAUGGGCUCUGAAAUAUCAUUUGUCUCAAAGCAUGGGCCUGCUAAGUUCUUCUGGCUUAAAGGCGAUGGCAAAGGUUCAAAGAAUAAUACUGAAAUGCUCGUCAUAGAAGCAGAGGGUAGCAAGAAAUCUUCAGUACUAUCUCCUCUGAGGUCUCAAAGAUUAAAAUCGAAAAGAAAGUCCAUAAGAUACAAUCAAAAAGCAUCACGUAAGCAAAUCGCCUGAAGAAGAAUACUUCCAAGCUUGAAUCUCAGACACAUUUCAAUCUUUAUUUGACUCGGCCUAUCGUUUCAUUCAGGGAUUCUCUUUCACGUUGUGAUCUAC